UCCAAUCCAAACGCGUCCCAGCCUCUCGCCGUCACCAUCCGGAGCUGAGCGGGGAAGGAUCAGCGGGAUCGGACAGUUCAGCCGCCGCCGCCGCGACGUCGACGCGCAUCCACGCCUUGCUUCCACGAACACACGCGCAGCGCUUAUACCGGGGACGUCGUGAUCGCACGGGGGGCGCCGGACACCGGGAGGACGCGAUGGGCGAGCGCACGGCGUGUCUGCUGUUGCUGGUGGCGACCUUGACGCUUUCAUCCGAGGUCCCUGCUGAUGACUCUGUGGGUUUGCUAACUGAGCCCCAGGUUGCCAUGUUCUGUGGAAAGCUCAACAUGCACAUCAAUGUCCAGAGUGGCAAAUGGGAGUCUGAUCCCUCUGGCACAAAGGGCUGCAUUGGCACCAAGGAGGGCAUACUGAAGUACUGCGAAGAGGUGUAUCCAGAGCUGCAGAUCACAAAUGUUGUGGAAGCCAACCAGCCCGUGAGCAUCCAGAACUGGUGCAAGAAAGGCCGCAAGCAGUGCCACAGUCACGCACAGAUUGUCGUGCCAUAUCGCUGCUUGGUGGGAGAGUUUGUGAGUGACGCUCUGCUCGUCCCUGACAAGUGCAAGUUCCUGCACCAGGAGCGCAUGGACCAGUGUGAAAGCCACCUUCACUGGCACACUGUAGCCAAAGAGUCCUGCGGAGACCGCUCUAUGAACCUCCAUGACUAUGGGAUGCUGUUGCCCUGCGGCAUCGACCGUUUCCGAGGGGUGGAGUUCGUCUGCUGUCCGGUGGAGGCAGAACGAGAGUCGGAGAGCACGGACCUAGAAGGGGAGGAGUCUGACGUCUGGUGGGGCGGAGCUGAGACAGAAUACUCUGAUAACAGCAUGUCGCGUGCAGCAGACAACGAGCCCGCCCUCACCGAGGAUGAUGAUGUCAACGAGCAGGCGGAGACCUUCGACCUAGAUGACAACGGAGAUGGGGACAAUGACGACGACAACAACGACGAGGAAGACGUCGAUGACAUGACUGAUGAACGGGAGAGUGAUGAGCGCAGUGCUAACAUUGCCAUGACGACAACCACCACAACCACCACCGAGUCUGUUGAGGAGGUGGUUCGAGCUGUGUGCUGGGCUCGUGCUGAGUCAGGCCCGUGUCAUGACAUGUUGGAGCGUUGGUUCUUCAUGCCCAAGAAGGGCCGCUGUGCUCCCUUCUUGUUUGGGGGCUGUGGGGGCAACAGGAAUAACUUUGAGUCGGAGGAAUACUGCCUAGCUGUCUGCAGCAGCUCGUUGCCCACCAUGGCCCCAAGUCCUCCAGAUGCUGUGGAUCAUUACCUUGAAUCUCCUGGUGAUGACCGUGAACACACCGACUUUCAAAAGGCGAAGGAAAGCCUGGAGGCCAAACACAGGGAGAAGAUGUCUGAGGUGAUGAGAGAGUGGGAGGAGGCUGAGAGACAGGCCAAGAACCUUCCACGUGCUGACAAGAAAGCAGUCAUCCAACAUUUCCAGGAGAAGGUCGAGGCUCUGGAGCAGGAGGCAGCCGGGGAGAGACAGCAGCUGGUAGAGACCCACAUGGCCCGCGUAGAAGCUCUGCUCAACAGCCGUCGACGUCUGGCUCUGGAAAACUACCUCAGCUCUCUACAGGCCAACCCUCCACGGCCUCGCCAGGUGCUGAGUCUGCUGAAGAAGUACGUCCGUGCAGAGCAGAAGGACAGGCAGCACACGCUGAAACACUACGAGCAUGUCCACACAGUCGAUCCCAAGAAGGCCGCUCAGAUUCGCCCUCAGGUUUUGACCCACCUUCGCGUAAUUGAUGAGAGGAUGAAUCAGUCACUGGGUCUUUUGUACAAAGUACCUAGUGUAGCUAAUGAAAUCCAAAACCAAGUUGCACUUAUCGUGCAGAGAGUUCAGGCAGAGCUGUCUCAGCAAGUCUCUUCCCUGCAGAGUGAUGGUCGGGUGGAUGGCAGGGUGAGUUACGGUAACGACGCUCUGAUGCCUGAUCAGACGUACAGCUCUGCUCCUAUGGACUAUGGCCUGGAUGGACUCGGCUUCAUCCACCCGGAGAGCUUCAACCAGCCCAACACGGAGAACCACGUUGAGCCUGUUGAUGCUCGUCCAAUUCCAGACGGAGGAUUGCCAACAAGACCAGUAUCUGCUCUUAAGCAUGAACAGAUGCUUGUAAAGGAGACUGAAGAGAGGCAAGAUGCUGGCUUUGAGGUUUACCAUCAAAAACUGGUGUUUUUUGCUGAAGAUGUGGGUUCAAAUAAAGGUGCCAUUAUUGGACUUAUGGUUGGAGGAGUUGUCAUAGCAACAGUCAUUGUGAUUACCUUGGUGAUGCUGAGGAAGAAACAAUACACCUCGAUUCAUCACGGUGUAAUUGAGGUGGAUGCAGCAGUGACACCAGAGGAGCGUCAUCUGACCAAGAUGCAGCAGAACGGCUAUGAGAACCCCACCUACAAAUUCUUUGAGCAGAUCCAGAACUAGAGAACUGCUCAUAGACAUAGCUCCCCACCCACAUACUCUCACUUGUAAGGCCUGUUCCAUUUAGUUUUUUUGUCUUUAGCCCCUACCCCCUUCAUGCUGUGCUGGCUGAUUUUAAUCUUGUUCGCAAGAACUACAUUGGUAUAAUAUUUGAACUAGUGAGGGGUUUGAGACAGAUCAACUCGAUAUGGAACAAAUCCUUCUUAAUCUCCUGAUCUCUUGUUGUACAGAGAACCACUCGAGCUUAUAUGUAUCUACAGUUGGGCAGACAAAGGUAUGUGGUUUCGCCUGCGCAUUUCAGCCAAAAAAACAGAAACAUAGUGUUUAUACUAAAAACCAACAUCUGCAGACUAAGUCAUAUAUCAUGGCCGCAGCUGAGACCACUUGAUCAGACUUUGUCUCGUUUCCCUCAAACGGUCCCACCCGGCCCCAUUCCCCCACUUUCAGAUGACAGCUGUGCUGUGUUUAAUGACAUGAUGGCUCUUAGAGCUGGUAGGAGGAAGAGGAGCUCUCAGAGCAGCUCUCCAAACAAAUAAAGCCCAAGCGUUUCAGGUUUGUUUUUCAAAAAAGUAUUUAAAAAAAGAACAGAAAAAUAUACACAAUCAAAAUAUGUAAAAGCUGAAAAAUACUGAAUGUUUUCUGUUUUUUUAUGUGUAAUAUAUUACAAUGAGAUUAGCAGUAAGUAUAUGUAGUGCAUGGCAAUAAGACAGAUACAGUAUACUAUGUGUUGAGGGAGUGAUCCUCUUACUAGACAUUUUAGCAGGAUUGUACAUUUCUAGUGUCUUCUUUGUGAUCUUGUGAUAUGAAGAAGAAAGAGUAUUCGGAAUCUGGUCUGCUUUGUGGUCACACAGACUUGCUUUAAGAGAAUCUUGUCUCUUUAUGCUCAUUUCCAUGCUUCACUGUUGUUAGCUGCAUGGGCAAAAUGCUCUAUAUGUAAUAUAUGAAGUGUAAUAGUAUUUGAAGGGAGACGAUUGUGUUACUUUUUGCGUUCUAUGCACUCUGUCAUUUUGAAAGUCUAUUAUUACCAAAUAUUAUUGCUGUGAAGUCCCUCACACCAAUUCAUUGUCGCUGCACAUUGAGUUUUACUCAUGAAAAGCAAGGUCAAAAGUUAGAAAGGAGCUUUCCUAAAGUGUUCCAUUCCAGACGCAUCAUUCCAUUGUGUCUUGAUUGUAAAUAUUUGGAAGACGGAGGUUUGGUUCUCAAUACUCCCGUUCAAUGUUAAGCUCCACCUCUGUUUACCCUCACCAUAUUCUUUCCAAACCCCCACUUUUCAUGUUUAUCCUCUCUCUAGCUUUGUCAGCAAUAUUGUACAGCGUGGUCAGUGUAUUUGAUAAACGGAGAUCUUGCUGGGCCUACAUUCCUUCACCAAAUCUCACAAUCUACAUGUUCUAUUUUUCUACAUUUCAUAGUUUAUACAUGUAUAAGUGCUUCAGUUUGCCCUGUGUGGCUAUUCCUUUACCUGCAUAUCUUCUGUUUAAGCCCCAUUGACACUGAGACGAUAAACACAUCUCAUUAGCAUAGAAACACGUUUCCCUCUCCCUUAAGUUAUUAAUGCCACCUCCAGUAACCAUGAAUGUGACAUGCAUAUUGCAUUUAUACCAUAGAUAUACAACACAUAUCACCUCUACACAUUAUAUCCACAUGUGUACAGAAACACUAACUGAAGCUCGUAAUCAGGUGAAUGUUAAAAUUUGUACUGAUGCUCACUCUGGGUGUCUUUGAAGUGAUAAAAUAGAUGCUUUUUUUCCCCUCACUAAUUUGGUGAACUUCCUCUAUGUGUAGUUAAAUGAUCCAUUUGCUUAAGAGUAAGACGAAGCUUUCUACACUCACUAUAUCAUUAAUAAAAUUUUGAAUGUA